AUGGCAGCUACAGCCCUGCCCGGCAAUCCCGACGUCAGCGCCUUCAUCCAAGGCAUCAAUGACAAGUACCUGGAGGUGCACCGGGCGUACGAGGACAACUUCUGGGCCACCAAGAUGGCUUUGUCUGGGGCCAGCACCUCCGCUCUCAGCAGCACCAAGAACGCCCUGGAUGAGUUCCUGUCCUCACAGGACCGCCUGCGGGCGGUGUGCGAUGCGGAGGCCCGCCCCGACCUCUCCCCCGAGCAGCUCAGGGUCCUGGCGGUGCUGCGCCGCACCUUUGCCACCUACGUCUCCGAGGAGGAGAGCGUGGCGACCCUCCGCGCCCGCCUGAACGACCUGGAGGCGGAGCUGGCGGGGGUGCGCAAUCGCAUGCGCCUGGGCACCACCGACCCCGCCACCGGCGAGUUCAGGCCCGCCAGCUCCGUCCAGCUGCGCAACGCCAUGAGGAUGAGCGGGGAGGAAAGCGCGCGGCGGGCCGCCUAUGACGCCCUGCGCUCCAUCGGCCCCGCCAUCGCCGGGCCCUUUGCGGCGAUCGUGAGGCUGCGCAACGAGCUGGCUCGGCGGGCGGGCUUCCCGAACUACUACGAAAUGAAGGUGCAGGCGGCGGAGGGAUUCACCCAGGCCCGCCUGUUCCAGAUGCUGGACGGGCUGGAAAGCGCGACGCGCCAGCUCGCCACCGAUGCCCGCGCCAGGCUGGCCGCGGCCAAGGGCGAAGACAGCCUCAAGCCAUGGAACAUCAGCAACGCCCUGGCGGGGGACAUCGAGACGCGCAUGGACCCCUACUUUCCCUUUGAGAACGCGGUGGAUGUCUGGGCACGCACCUUUGCCGCCCUGGGCAUCGACUACCGUGGCUCCACCAUGCGCCUGGACCUCUGCGACCGCCCCGGCAAGUACUCGAACGGCUUCUGCCACUGGCCCGUCCCGGCCUAUCGCAAGGUGGAUGGGGCCUGGGUCCCCGCGCAGACCAACUUCACCAGCCUGGCCACUCCCGGCAGCGUGGGCUCGGGCAAGACCGCGCUGGUCACGCUGCUGCACGAGGGCGGGCAUGCCGCGCAUUUCGCCAAUGUGGACCAGGCCAGCCCCCUGUGCUCGCAGGAGCGGGCGCCCACCAGUGUGGCCUACGCGGAGAACCAGUCCAUGCUGCUGGACAGCCUGGCGGGGGACGCCGCCUGGCUGGCGCGGUACGCCAGAGAUGCUGCGGGGCAGCCCGUGCCCUGGAGCCUGGUGCGGGAGGCAAUCGAGGCCGGGCACCCCUACGCCGCCUUCUCCGUGCGGUCAAUGCUCGCCGUCCCCUACUUUGAAAAGGCGUUGUACGAUCUGCCCGACGACCAGAUAACUCCCGAGCGCAUCCUGAGCCUGGCCGACGAAGUGGAGGCCAGGGUGGAGGGUGGCCCGGCACCUCGGCCCCUGCUCAGCGUGCCCCACAUCCUGAGCGACGAGUCCUCAGCCUACUACCAUGGGUAUGUCCUGGCGGAGAUGGGGGUGCACCAGGCGCGGGCCCACUUCCUGAAGACCCUGGGGCGCAUCGUGGAUGAGCCGGAGGUCGGCGCCGCCCUCACCAGGGUGUACUGGCAGCCUGGGAACAGCGUCCCCUUCCUGGAUCUGGUGGAGCGCUUGACGGAGGCGCCCCUCACCGCCGAUGCCUGGGUGAAGGAGCUGCAGGUCCCCGUGGAGGUCAAGGUUGCGGAGGAAGAGGUGGCCUACAGGGAGGCACUGGAGGCCGGGCCCAGGAUCCCCCCUGGCUCACCGGUGGACCUGAAUAUGCGCAUCCUGCUUGUGCAUGGCGACGAGACCGUGGCGGACACCGAGGUGGAAGGCUCGCUCCCCGCUGCCUGUGCCAAGUACACCGCCUGGCUUGCGAACAAGGGAACAUGA